CUGACAGGCGCCAAAAAGUCGCCCGGACUGUCCUUCCUGACAGCAAGCCACAGUGAACAGAAUAUGAACUCCACAAGAUGGUGGCUGUGCAAGCUAUGGAAGUUUGCCUGUACCUGGAAGAAGGCUAGCACAAGGAGAUAAAAGUUGCUUCUCUGGGCCUGGACAUGGGAGCUGAGAUUUAUUUCCUGCUCAGAAGAGACAGAUGUGGAAUCACAAAGAUCUACACUCCUCUCGCCUCCCCUCCACUUUGGGCCUGAAGACGGGAAACAGUCACCAUAAAAUGCAUUCCCUUGCUUCUUGAUAGUAAGCAGAUGCUGUACUCCCACAAAGCAGAGUCAAGAAACCUUAGCCUGUGGGCCAGAAUCUGCCAUAAAUGUCUGAAGAUAUUUACUUGGCCAAGAUACAUGGAGCCAGGUGCUUCCCCCUGGUCUCCCAUGCGGGUGCAGGGCCCAAGGACCUAGGCCAUCCUCCACUGCACUCCUGGGCCACAGCAGAGAGCUGGACUGGAAGAGGAGCAACCGGGACAGAAUCCGGCGCCCCAACCGGGACUAGAACCCGGGGGUGCUGGCCCCACAGGGGCAGACCUGAGGUUGGACGCCUGGGAAGUUUUCAGAAUCGCAGCAGCAGCUUUGGAGAAGACCAGCAAAGAGCACCGUGUCCCUUUAAACCAGAUUACCGGGUCAGUGACUCGCUGCCUGCCCACCCACUGCCCACCAGGUCCAGCGGUUUCUGGCUUGCUGGCUCAGAAAGGACAGCCGCCACUUACCAGAUUAGGAAAGCUCUUGGGAGGCACAUUAAUCUGCCGGCGUUGUCAGGAGUGAUCAGCGAGUUUUAUUAAAAGCCCUGGGAUUGCCUGAAAGGCCUCCUUGUCUGCGUCUGAAAUGAAAGGGGUGUGCUAAGAUCUCAGGGUGCAUUGUGGGGACCCCUUGCCCUGCUCCUUGGGCUAUGAGCUGACACUGCAGGAGGAAGCGCUGAGGCCCCCCUGGUGGCCGGGAUUUCACCAGUGGACAGAAGCGAGUUGGCACCUGUCAGCAUGAACCCUCUGAGCCGGGGUGGGCUGCAUGUUUUGCUGCUGCUGCUGCUCCUGGGCUGGGCUAGCCCCACCUUCGUCAGUGUUAAUCAUGGCCUGAGAGUGAUGAAGGGCAGCUCGGCCUUCCUGUCAGCAGAUGACCUGAAGCUGGCCGUCCCCAAAGAGAAGGAUGCCUGCAAAGUGGAAGUGGUGAUGAAUGAGCCAAUCACCCAGAGAGUGGGCACGCUCACUCCCCAGGUUUUUGAUUGCCAUUUCCUUCCCAAUGAAGUAAAGUAUACACACAACGGCUGCCCACUUCUUGAUGAAGACACAGUGAAGCUCAGACUUUACAGAUUUACUGAAACAGACACCUUCACGGAAACCUUUGUCCUGCGGGUCUACCUGCUGGAACCAGACUGUAACAUCAUCCGUAUGAGUGACAAUGCACUGGAGGUGUCUGAAUUCUACGGCUUGUCCCGAGCAAUCGACAAGAACCUACUCAGAUUUGAAUAUGACAGGAUGGCUAGCUUGGAAUGUACCAUCAGGCUGGACCCUGUGAAGACUCGGUUGCCAGCACAUGGCCAGAUGGUUCUGGUGGAGUCUUGGCCAGAAGAACCCCGUGGAGAUCAGCCACAUGGUUUUUUCCCUGAGUCCCGUCUGGGGACAGAACUGAAGUGUCCAGGUGGCCGCUGUACCCUGGGGCUGAAGAGAAUAGGAAGUCUCAGCAUGAGCUGUGAGGAGUUCCUGCUGAUGGGGCUUCGCUAUCACCAUACAGCUCCCCCUUCGCCCAACGUUGACUACAUCUCCAUCCAGCUGCAGCUCACAGACAGCAGGAGUAAUAUGGUGUACAAGUCAGAGAAUGCGUGGUUACCCGUCUAUAUCAGAGCUGGCAUCCCAAAUCAGAUUCCAAGGGCUGCAUUCAUGGCCACGUUCAUUCUGGAAGUGGAUCAGUUCAUCCUGACCUCUUUGACUACAUUGGUUGUGGACUGUGAAGAGGAUGAGACCCCCAAGCCCUUGCUGGUGUUCAACGUUACCAAAGCCCCACUCCAGGGCUAUGUAACUCACCUGUUGGACCACACCAGACCCAUCUCCUCAUUCACCUGGAGAGACCUCAGUGACAUGCAGGUUGCCUACCAGCCUCCAAACAGCAGCCAUCCUGAGAGGAGACACUACGAGUUGGAGUUGGAGGUCUACGACUUCUUCUUUGGAAGGAGCACACCUUUCACAGUCCACAUCUCCAUCAGAACUGCAGAUACAAAUGCCCCCCGAGUAUCCUGGAAUACAGGACUGAAUCUACUGGAGGGUCAGUCACGGGCCAUCACAUGGGAACAGUUUCAGGUUGUUGACAAUGAUGACAUAAGUGCUGUCCGCUUAGUCACUGUUGAUGGUCUACAGCAUGGACGGCUGACAUUAAGAGGGGGGAAAGCAUUUCUCUUCACCGUGGCUGACCUGCAGGCUGGAGUUGUUCGCUAUCACCAUGAUGACAGCGACUCCACCAAAGACUUUGUGGUCUUCCGGAUAUUUGAUGGCCAUCACAGCAUCCGUCACAAGUUUCCUAUCAACAUCUUGCCCAAAGAUGAUAGUCCUCCAUUCCUCAUAACCAAUGUCGUGAUUGAACUGGAAGAGGGGCAAACCAUCCUGCUCCAGGGCUCCAUGCUCAGAGCUUCAGACGUGGACUCCAGUGAUGACUACAUCUUCUUUAACAUCACAACAGCCCCGAAGGCUGGCGAGAUCAUGAAGAAGCCAGGGCCUGGUCUGAUAGGUUAUCCUGUCCCUGGCUUCCUUCAGAGGGAUCUCUUUAAUGGGAUUAUUUACUAUCGCCAUUUUGGUGAAGAAAUCUUUGAAGAUUCCUUUGAAUUUGUCCUAUGGGACAGCCAUGAACCUCCAAAUCUCUCAGUACCACAGGUGGUGGCAAUCCACAUCACUCCAGUGGAUGACCAGCUUCCAAAAGAGGCUCCAGGAGUUUCUCGGCAUUUGGUUGUCAACGAGACAGAGGUUGCCUACAUAACCAAGAAACAUCUGUACUUCCUAGAUACAGAAUCACAUGAUGGGGAGCUGCUCUACACAAUCACCACUCCCCCAUUUUUCUCCUUCAGCCACAGAUACUUGGAUGCUGGGAAGUUAUUCAUGGUGGACAGCAUACCAAAGCUAACCAAAAAUCCUACUGCCCUGGGACUGAAUUCAUUCACACAGCACGCUGUGAACUACCUGAAAGUGGCCUACAUGCCCCCUCUACAGGAUAUAGGCCCUCAUGUCAGACACGUCCAGUUCACGUUUUCCAUUAGCAACCAGCACGGUGGCACUUUGCAUGGGAUCUGUUUUAACAUUACCAUUCUCCCAGUGGACAAUCAAGUUCCUGAGGUGUUCACUAACCCUCUGAGAGUGACUGAGGGAGGUCAGCACGUCAUCAGCACAGAGCACAUCCUGGUCUCUGACGUGGACACCGUGCAGGACAACAUCUACUUCUCCCUACAGAGACGGCCUCUGCAUGGAGGGGUGGAGCUCGAUGGCUUUCCUUUAAACCCAGGGGGCACCUUUUCCUGGGGAGACCUCUGCACCUUAAAAGUUAGGUAUCAACAUGAUGGAUCUGAGGUUCUUCAGGAUGACAUACUCUUGGAGGUCACAGAUGGCACAAAUUCAGCAGAAUUUGUUCUACAUGUUGAGGUAUUCCCUGUAAAUGACGAACCCCCAGUCCUGAAGGCUGACCUCGUCCCCGUGAUGCACUGCUCCGAGGGUGGGGAGGUGGUCAUCACCCCUGAACAUGUUUUUGCCACUGAUGUGGACAGUGAUGACCUGAAGCUGAUGUUUGUGGUUGUGCGAGCACCUGAGCAUGGGGUAGUGGGCAAAGCUGGAGUCCCUGUGAUUCAGUUCUCUCAGAGCGAUGUUAUCUCAGGGGCUGUGACAUAUAAACACACAGGUGGCGAGAUUGGCCUCCUGCCUUGUUUUGACACCAUCUCGUUGGUGGUUUCGGAUGGAGAUGCUGGCCCUUCUGUGAAUGGCUGUUGCUACAACGGACCUAAUCCAUCUGUUCCUCUUCAUGAGUCCUUCCCAGUGUAUGCUCUUAACAUCACAGUGCAUCCAGUGGACAACCAGCCACCUUCGCUUACAAUCGGUACCAUGUUCUUUGUAGAUGAGGGUUUGUCAGCAACCCUUACCAUUAACCAUUUGCUCUCCACCGAUCCUGACACUGCAGAAGAUGACUUGGAAUUCAUUUUGGUUUCUUUACCCCAGUUUGGCUAUCUUGAAAACACACUUCCUUCUGUGGGUUUUGAGAAGAGUAAUAUGGGCAUAAGUAUAGCUUCAUUUCAGUGGAAAGACAUGAAGGCUUUGCACAUUAAUUAUGUGCAGUCCAGACAUCUGAGGAUAGAACCGACUGCCGAUCAGUUUGUGGUAUAUGUCACAGAUGGAAAGCAACGCUCCUUGGAGAUACCAUUUUAUGUUACAAUCAAUCCCACCAAUGAUGAAGCGCCUGACUUGGUGGUGCAGAAUAUCACUGUGUGUGAAGGUCAGAGGAAAGAGCUGGACUCUUCCAUCAUCCAUGCUGUUGACCUGGACAUUCCUGAGGACCCCCUACUGCUCAGCAUCGUACGCAAACCACAUCACGGCCUUCUCAUCAGUGAGGUGUUCAGCAAGGACUUCCCUCAGAAGCAGCAGCCAGCCAACCCUCACCAGAAGCAUGAACCUGUUUACAACUUUUCCAUGGAACUUCUAAGGAAUGGAACGAGGUUGGCAUAUGUGCACGAUGACUCGGAGAGCCUUGCUGAUGACUUUACCAUCCAGGUGUCAGAUGGGAAACAUAAGAUACUCAAAACCAUUUCAGUAGAGGUCACCCCAGUGAAUGAUGAGAAACCAACACUGAGCAAGAAGGCUGAAAUUGCUGUGAGUGUGGGUGAAACCCGUAUCAUCUCUAGCGCUGUUCUUUCGGCUGUAGAUGAAGACUCACCCAGGGAGAAGAUUUACUACCUAUUUGAAAGACUUCCCCAAAAUGGGCAACUUCAGCUUAAGACAGGGAGGGACUGGGUCCCACUCUAUCCUGGCAUGAAAUGUACUCAGGAGGAAGUGGAUCUGAAUCUGCUGAGAUACACACAUACGGGGUCAAUGGAUUCCCAGAAUCAAGAUGGUUUCACCUUCUACCUCUGGGAUGGUGACAAUCAGUCCCCUGUAUUUGACUGUCACAUCAGCAUCAAGGACAUGGGAAAAGGUGAAAUUGUCAUUCAUGCAAAGCCGCUUGUGGUGUCUAAUGGUGACAGAGGUUUCUUGACGACCACCACGCUUCUGGCUGUGGAUGGGACAGACAAGCCUGAGGAGCUUCUCUAUGUCAUCACUUCCCCGCCACAAUACGGGCAGGUAGAAUAUGUCCGCUAUCCCGGAGUCCCCAUUACAAGCUUCAGCCAGAUGGACAUAGCUGGACAGACAGUCUGCUACAUCCAUAGGAGCAAGGCUGCUGUCCCCAGUGAUACAUUCAGAUUCAUCGUCAGCAAUGGACUGCAGACCAAGCAUGGGGUGUUUCAGAUCACACUGGAGGCUGUGGACAGAGCCCUGCCUGUGGUGACCAGGAACAAGGGGUUGAGACUGGCCCAGGGGGCAACGGGCCUGCUGUCCCCCAACCUCCUCCAGCUGGCUGACCCUGACACGCCUGUGGAGAACCUCACCUUCCUCCUGGCCCAGCUCCCACAGCACGGCCAGCUCUACCUGCAGGGCACCGUGCUGCUUCAACGCAAUUUCACUCAGCAGGAUGUGGAUGGUGGCAAUGUGGCCUAUCAGCACUUGGGAGGGGACUCCCAGUCGGACUGCUUUACUUUCGUGGCCACAGAUGGGACAAAUCAAGGCUUUGUUGUGGAUGGGAGAGUGUGGGAAGAACCUGUUUCAUUCACCAUUCAGGUGGACCAGUUGGACAGAACAGCCCCCCGGCUCACACUCUUGCAAUGUGCUUCUCAAGUGGAGCUCCUGAAAAAUGGCUGCUAUGGCAUUUACAUCACUUCCCGUGUCCUGAAGGCCUCGGACCCUGACACGGAGGAUGAGCAGAUCAUCUUUAAGAUUUUACGAGGCCCACAACGUGGACAUCUGGAGAACAUGACAACAGGUGAAUUUAUUCAUGAACAAUUUAGCCAAAGGGACCUACACAGAAAGACCAUCCUUUACAUCAUAAGCCCGUCUUUGAAGGAAGUGACUUCAGACCUGGUGGAGUUUCAAAUCACGGACCCCAAUGGGAACUCUGCCACUCCUCAAAUAUUGGAGUUAAAGUGGUCUCAUAUCGAAUGGUCACGGACUGACUACGAGGUCUGUGAGAACAUGGGUGUGUUGCCCUUGGAAGUUACUAGAAGAGGAUAUUCCAUGGACUCAGCCUUUGUUAGUGUAAAGGUCAACCAAGUGUCAGCAACAGUUGGGAAAGAUUUCACUGUGACUCCAUCUAAACUGAUCCAGUUUGAUCCAGGAAUGUCAACGAAGACGUGGAAUAUAGCAAUUACCUAUGACGGAUUGGAGGAAGAUGAUGAGGUCUUUGAAGUAAUUCUGAACUCCCCUGUGAAUGCAGUUCUUGACACAAAGACAAAAGCCACAGUGAAAAUUUUGGACUCAAAAGGAGGACGGUGCCAUCCCUCGUAUUCCUCCAAGCAAAGCCAGCACAACACAUGGGAGCAGGGCAUUUGGCCCCCGCUGCCCCCAGGAUCUUCCUCACCCACCGCCUCUGGUUCCUUUCGUCUGGAAGGAAGACCCUUUCCAUCUUCCAAGUGGCAAGCAGUCACCAGGGGUGACAGCCUGCGGGGCUUUGAUGCCGCACAUCAUCGUUCUCAAAGGAAGCUGGGGGCCCACGGGAAUGGCAAAGCAAUCCGUCCAUCCUCUGUUUACAGAAAUGGAACAGACAUCAUCUAUAAAUAUCAUGGGAUGGUUUCCUUGAAACUGGAAGAUGACAGUUUCCCAGCUCACAAAAGGCAGGCCAAAGUAUCCACCACUAAUCAGCCACAAAAGACAAUCAGACUGGCAGAACUGCCGCAGGCAGAUAAGGUGGAAUCCACAAUGGAUUCACACGUCCCCAGACAGGACCAGUUGCCUUCAUUUCCAAAGAACUGCACUCUGGAUUUAAAGGGCCUCUUCCAUUUUGAAGAAAGCAUUCAAAAGCUGUAUCAGUGCAAUGGGAUUGCCUGGAAAGCCUGGAGCCCCCAGACCAAGGCGAUGGAAGACAAAUCCUGCCCCACUGGAUGGCAACAUCACUCAGGCUACUGUCACACAUUGAUCACAGGGCGGAAAGAGACCUGGGAUGCAGCGAUGCAAGCGUGCAGGGAACAACACUUGGGCAGCCUUGUGAGUGUGUUUUCCAGACAGCACAUGAGAUGGCUCUGGGACAUCAGUGGAAGAAAGCCCUUUUGGAUAGGUUUGAACGACCAAGUGCACGCUGGCCACUGGGAAUGGAUUGGUGGUGAACCCGUCACCUUCACCUCCUGGAGGAGAGGGCCCCCUCAGCGCGUGAAGCCUGGGAGAAACUGUGUUUUGGUUCAAAGACUAGGGAAAUGGCAACCAAAGGACUGUAGGAAGGGCAAGCUCCACAAUUACAUGUGCUCCAGGAAACUCUAAAUGCAACUGGCGCUACAGGUGCCCUCCCGGGAUUUCUCACCUAUUUAUUUACAGGAUAUGUGAAUGUUGCUCAGUGGAAAGCAAGUUGUUGUGACUGGCCAAGUUCAUCUUUAUGAUGAACAAAUUAAUGGUUCCAGGGAGAUUGUUAAAUGAAUAUUCCUUACAAAUGAGAUGUAAUUUUUGCAUCUUAACAUCUUUCAAACUAAAUGUCUGCAGUAUUAUAAGGUAUAAGAUUUACUUGUUCUAGAAGACUCUUAGCCUCACCCCUCUCCAAAUCUCAGGCAUCACUUAUUCCAUGGUUCUUGGAUUUUUUUCACCCCAUGACAUCAAAUAAAUCUACUCUGAUCUGUGUAAUGCGGGUGCUCCUACCACUUGAUUCUAAGUGAAUCUGAACCAGUAAUGAGCUGGUUUGUCUCUUUGGAACCCUUUAAAUGUGAAGCCUGGAAUGACAGCCUGUGUGGAUGGGAAGGAGAAUUCUCGUGGUGAAAAGGAAACUUUAGGUGGGACAGAGUUGCAGAUGGAGGCCCAUGUACAGAACUGUAGUCAGGUGAGAAUUCAGGGGGCUACCUGUGCUUCUCAGGUCCACACAUCGCUGCUCAUGAAACAGAUCUCCUUUUCCAAUGUGUAUGUUGGCUUUGAACCGUUCCAAAACCGAGGAUUGGGUUUCUCCAAACUUACGGAGUCAUGAGAAAUUUGAAGUAACCUGAUCUCUUCAUCUGUGUUUAUUGUCCUGACUAGCAUUCCGCAAGGACAUUUGGAAUACAGGGUGUCUAUGAAUGACAAUUGACAUGUGGAAGAAAAACAGUGCCUCCUCAGAAGUGUCCCCAUGAAUCAUGCUGAUGAACAAAGAAAAAUAAUGCUGGAAACAGAGCUCUUAAAAGCCUGAGUUGUCAGAAAGGAAUUUGAUGCCAUUUUAAGCCCUGAAACCUUUAAUAUUCACAGAAAUGCCAUGUUCAGUAGAUUCUCUAAUGGAAAGCUACCUUAUUAAUUUAUAAUCUCAGCUGAGUGAAACAUUUUUGUAGCAGUGAUGCAUGUUCUGCCUUCCCAGAACUCCCUGCUGAAAUCAAAGUUUGAUUACAGGAAAUUAGAACUUUAUUUUCUGAAACAUUUAUUCAAAAUGUUCCUCUUCGCAUAAUCACUGAAACUACAGCUGUGCCAGUUGUAACAUGCUGCGUGGGUACCAGUGUGACUUCAGAAUCUGAACGGGGUUUUCCAAUGGACUACAGCUUGGGGGAAGGUCUCACUACAGUACCUGAAGUGUUGAAGACACUGGCAAUGCUUGAAGGAUCUCGGCACAGUUUCUGGAUAUAAAAGCAUGACAGACUUGUUUCAUUCUGCUCAUUUAUGGGAAAUUAAUAGAAAAAAUUAACAGAGAGGUUGGGCUGACUCAGAUGUUCUGCCUCUUACACACCUAAGCAUAUUUGCAGAGUCAGAGGUUCCUUAUCUUAGAUGUCACAGGUGGGCUCCAGGUACAGGUCUCAUGUGGGACAAAAGCAGUCUUUGGUGCUUAACUGAAAGAUGUCAAACUCUUCCUCCAUGUCAGCUCUAGUUCAUUCCUGUCCGAAUCACUCUUUCUGCAGUGUGGAAAGGUGUGGUUCAGGAAAACAAGAAGAAAGAGUUAUUUAUCUAACGAGUUAAGUCCUAGGAGAGAAAGUGAAAAUUCAAGGAAUGAGGAGUUCCAGGGUCACGCCUUCCUACUGGAACUCUAAAACUACAAAAAUACUACCCAAAACUGGAAAUCUGGAACUAUGUCAACUCUGAAAAAUCUGGUCAGUUUGGGAGAUUGCCACACAUCUAAUGCAAUAAAAAUGAUACUUAAUUAUAAUUGUAAAUGUCAGCAUAAAGAAUAUCUUGAUUUUUAUAACAAUUGAAAAAUCAAUCUAGAAAAAUAUUUAAAUUGUUCUUUUUAGUUAUGAAAGUGUGAUUCUAGUGGAAAAUCCAAGUAAUUGGAAGAAGGCACAAAUAGAAAUUCAGGCAAGUUUGGGUGCCAGACAAUAUUCAUCGCAAACUUCAUUUCUUUCUCAUGGUUGUGCUUUGAAUUGGGGAAAAGGAAAGAAACCUUUGUCAUGGUUUCCUCUGCUUGACUGGUCACCGGUGCCCUUCAAGUUCUGGUUGGAAUGGGAAGGAAUGAGAUGGAGUAAGGAGGGAAUAGAAGGUUAUGGGGGAGAAGAGGUGAGAGAAAGGAAGGAGCUGAGUGGAAAGGGAUGGGCACUGAAGGUGCUAGGAGGGAGAGCACCAGGAAGAGAGACCUGAAUGUCUUCCGGCUCUUCUCCCCAAACCUGAAUCCCGACUCGAGAAGUCUCCCUGUAUGCAAGCCAUCAGUCCAGCCCCAUGACCUGUGGCUUUUCAGAAUCUACUGACAAACAUACAACAUAUAUUUGCUAAAAAUAAACUUGGAACACAUAUGAUAAUCAUUUCAUCUCUUUCCAAGGAGUGGUAAGAUAUUAACCAGGUGACAUUUAUUUGCCUUUUAGUUUUUAUUUUUAAUACAGCUGAAGAGAUGUGCACAUCUUUUCUUUAACACUAUGACUCUGUGUAAUUUAAACUGCAAACUGGUGCUGACUAAUGUCUGCAAAAAAGCAGUGUAUGAAAUGUAC